CUACCUCACUCAGUCUCUUCCUAUUUGUCCUCGAUCACGGUCUCUAAAAACACUUCCAAAAAACGUUAUUAAAAUGGAUCCGGUUGGGACACAAAUCCCAAAGGGAAUAUUAAGUAUUAUUAUUCCCCAGGCCAAAGAUGAAAUUCGUGCUGCGGCUUAUCCCCAAGUUAAGUUUACUUCAGGUGAAUGCAUUGUGGGUGGAUUCACAUUUUCCUUUGAAGCAGGCUUCCAAAAUUUAGUUAAUAACUAUGUAAACUUGAAGCUUAAUGUUAAAGUCGUGGAUACGCAACUCGCUCCAGCCAGGGGCGGAGGACGUCAUGGAGGCUUCCAGGUGCAUUUUUACGUCGCAUCAACACAACUCCCACUCCCAGGAGGAUUUCUUCAAAACGGAGGCGCAAUGAUCCUUAACUGCGGUGAAGGAACCCUGGAAAGGACGGAUUGGCAACUUGACCUCCCUGGAUCACUCAAUUUUGCAGAUGCUUACCAAGUAGGAAUGAUGCUAGAUGCAACUGGAGCAAUCGUGAUCAUGGUUGAAAUAAUCGCAUUAAAUAGAAAUUGAUGAAGAAAUGAAAUCGUACUACCCACACCUACCUACACAUCUUCAUGGUCACAGCCUCUCUACUAAAUAAAACUCUAGUAUAUCGAUAACAUGAUAUAUAAAUACUGUGCUUACUUAAGUCAAACUCGUUUCGUUCGUAAUUCGUUUCUAAUGGAUUAUUUAUAAUUUUUUGUAACAUAAAAUAAACAUAAAAAUGUGUGUGCUAAGAAUAGAUUGUGACUGACGCAUAUCAAAAUUAAAAUACUUAACAAAAUA